GAGAGAAGCUUAGAAAUGGCAGAUGACAGGUUUAUUAGCUUUCCUCUGCCAAGAAGAAGGAGCUGGCAGCGCGGCGCCGUUAUGUCAGAAUCUGAGCCCACAGCAAGUCCCCAGCAGCCGAGAACAGGGAAGUCAUUGUUUGGCCUCUUCCCUUAUCCAAAUAUGAUUGGACUUGAGUCGCUGGAGGACCCAACUGAUACCUGGGAGAUUAUUGAUACAAUAGGGAAAGGGACCUAUGGGAAAGUUUACAAAGUCAGCAACAAGAAAGAUGGAAGUCUGGCAGCAGUGAAGAUCUUGGACCCAAUCAGUGAUGUAGAUGAGGAGAUUGAGGCAGAGUACAAUAUUCUGACAUCACUUCCGAAUCACCCAAAUGUCGUAAUGUUUUAUGGAAUGUAUUACAAAGCCGAUCAAUAUGUUGGUGGACAGCUGUGGCUCGUUCUAGAGCUGUGCAAUGGAGGAUCUGUUACAGAUCUUGUGAAAAGCAUCCUCAACUGUGGGCAACGUUUGGACGAGGCCAUCAUUUCAUAUAUCCUAUAUGGAGCAUUAUUGGGUCUCCAGCAUUUGCACAAUAAUAGAAUCAUCCAUCGUGACGUGAAAGGGAACAAUAUACUUCUGACAACAGAAGGGGGAGUCAAGCUGGUUGACUUUGGAGUGUCUGCACAGCUCACCAGUGCUCGCCUGCGCAGGAACACGUCUGUGGGUACACCAUUCUGGAUGGCACCGGAGGUCAUAGCCUGUGAGCAACAGUAUGAUUACUCCUAUGAUGUCCGCUGUGAUGUUUGGUCCCUCGGGAUCACGGCCAUCGAGCUGGCAGACGGAGAUCCGCCUUUGUCUUCCUUGCAUCCAGUGAAAGCGCUCUUCAAGAUCCCGAGAAACCCUCCACCUACAUUACUUCAUCCAGGACAAUGGUCUAGAGCAUUCAGCCACUUUAUUGCACAGUGUCUUAUUAAGGAUUUCGAGAAGAGGCCAUCCGUCAUCCAUCUGCUGGAGCACCCGUUCAUCAGACAGGCCCAUGGUAAAGACACAGCCUUACAGAAACAGCUGGCCAACCUCAUCUACACGCAACAGCAGUCCGGGUCUAUUGCUAAAACAAGGUAUGAAAGGAUGAACACCAGGAGGCCAUAUGUGCUGCACACCAAGCAGAACGCCUGUCUGGAUGAUGACUUGGUCAACCUGGCAGUUCUAGAUGAGGAAACUAUAAUACAUCAGUUACAAACCCGGUUUGCGGAUUUACAGAUCUAUACCUAUGUUGGGGAUAUUUUAAUAGCUUUAAAUCCAUUCCAGAAUCUCAGUAUUUAUUCUCCACAGUUCUCCAAGCUUUAUCAUGGAGUAAAACGUGCCUCAAACCCUCCGCAUAUAUUUGCCACAGCAGAUGCAGCAUAUCAGGGAAUGGUGACUUUCAGCAAAGAUCAGUGCAUUAUUAUCAGCGGGGAGAGCGGUGCCGGCAAGACAGAAAGUGCUCAUUUGAUUGUGCAACAUUUAACCUUCCUGGGAAAGGCGAAUAAUAGGGCACUGCGAGAAAAGAUUUUACAAGUUAACCCUUUGGUUGAAGCCUUUGGAAACGCCUGCACUGUUAUCAAUGACAACUCCAGUCGCUUUGGGAAAUAUCUAGAAAUGAUGUUCACACCCACAGGGGCAGUCAUGGGUGCAAAAAUCUCUGAAUAUCUGUUGGAAAAAUCCCGGGUCAUUAAACAAGCCAUGGGUGAGAAGAAUUUUCAUAUAUUUUAUUACAUAUAUGCUGGUCUUUAUCAUCAUAAAAAGCUUUCAGAGUACAGUCUUCCGGAGAAAAAGCCUCCAAGAUACAUUGACAGUGAAACAGGUUCAGUCAUGCAAGAUAUUAUCUCCAAGGAAUCAUACAGAAGACAAUUUGCUGCAAUCCAACAUUGCUUUAGGAUUAUAGGAUUUAGUAAUGACGAAGUCCAUUCAGUGUAUAGAGUUUUGGCCGGAAUUCUGAACACCGGGAACAUUGAGUUCACUGCCAUAUCCUCCAAACACCAAACUGACAAAAGUGAAGUCCCGAAUGGAGAAGCCUUAGCAAAUGCUGCUGCCCUACUUAGCAUUGGUGCAGAAGAGCUGCAGGAGGCCCUAACCUCACAUUGUGUAGUAACAAGAGGGGAGACCAUUAUCCGCACCAACACUGUAGAUAAGGCAGCUGAUGUCCGAGAUGCCAUGUCCAAAGCUUUGUAUGGGAGGCUUUUCAGCUGGAUUGUGAACCGCAUCAACACCCUCCUCCAGCCUGACAAAAAUAUAUGCAAUGCGGAGAGUGGCAUGAACGUGGGCAUUCUAGAUAUUUUUGGAUUUGAAAACUUCAAACGAAAUUCUUUUGAACAGCUUUGCAUUAACAUUGCCAAUGAGCAGAUCCAGUUUUAUUUUAAUCAGCAUAUCUUUGCUUUAGAGCAGAUGGAAUAUCAGAGUGAGGGGAUAGAUGCUGCACUGGUGAAGUAUGAGGACAAUCGACCUCUGUUAGAUACCUUUCUUCAGAAACCCAUGGGGCUUUUGUCUCUGCUGGAUGAAGAGAGCAGAUUCCCACAAGCAACAGACCAGACUUUAGUUGAUAAAUUUGAAGAUAAUCUCAGAUGCAAAUACUUCUGGAGGCCAAAAUGUGUGGAGCUUUGUUUCGGCAUUCAGCAUUAUGCUGGAAAGGUCCUCUAUGAUGCUUGUGGUUUUCUCGAGAAGAACAGAGAUACGCUGCCGGCUGACAUUGUUGUCCUGUUAAGAACAUCAGAAAAUAAACUUCUUCAGCAGCUGUUCUCAAGUCCAUUGACUAAGACAGGGAAUCUGGCUCAGUCAAGAGCACGGGUGACAGCGGCUUCAAGAUCUUUACCUCCUCAGCUCAAUGCAGGCCGUAUUAAGGUGGAUACAAUGGAAAAGAUGAGGCAUCCGGAAGAAACAACAAACAUGAAAAGACAGACUGUGGCUUCUUAUUUUAGGUAUUCCCUUAUGGACUUAUUAUCCAAAAUGGUGGUUGGGCAGCCUCAUUUUGUUCGCUGCAUCAAACCAAAUGAUGACCGAGAGGCAAUGAAAUUCUGUCGGGAAAGGGUGCUCAUGCAACUACGCUACACAGGGAUCCUGGAAACUGUCAAUAUUCGAAGACAGGGAUAUUCACAUCGCAUUUUAUUUGAGGAGUUCUUAAAAAGGUAUUAUUAUCUCGCAUUUAAAGCAAAUCAGAAUCCUCCGCCAACAAAAGAAAGUUGUGCUGCAAUUCUAGAAAAAGCUAAGCUUGAAAAGUGGGUUCUUGGAAGAACUAAGGUUUUCCUGAAAUACUACCAUGUGGAACAGCUAAACCUCUUGCUGCGGGAAGUGAUUGGACGGGUAGUAGUCAUGCAGGCCUAUACGAAAGGAUGGCUUGGUGCAAGAAGAUAUAAGAAAGUUAAAGCGAAGAGAGAAAAGAGUGCUACCUGUAUUCAGGCCGCAUGGAGAGGAUAUGAUAGUCGCAAGAAAUUCCAGGAACUAAGAAGCAGACGAAAUGAAGCUGCUGUUAUUAUUCAAGCAGCUUUUAAAGGUUAUGUUGCCAGAAAGAAUUAUAUUAUACUGAAGGACUGCAAACCAGUUACAUUCACAGAAGGAUCACUAGGCAGGACAUGUGCCAUUUACAGCAAUGGACAAUGGCGAGAGAAUGGUGACACGGCUGGUUUCACAGAGUCAGACAGCCCGGACCGGCAGUCGGAGAAGGAUUAUGAUGUCUUAAACAUACAUGAUGCAGGCAACAUGCGUGUGGACAAAGGUAGACAGCAUUGUAAUAUUUUUGAACCUCGCAGAAAUACAGGCCCAGGACAUUUUUAUGAAAAAAACUUGAGGACAACAAGAAGACGUUGUCAACAGCCUAAAACAUUGAACAGUCCUGAGGACAAUCUGUACUACAACCAAAUUAAUGGAACACUGGAAUAUCAAGGGAGCAAGCGGAAGCCGAGAAAACUUGGCCAAAUCAAAGUUUUAGAUGGAGAAGACGAAUAUUAUAAACUAUUAUCAGCUGUUGACUCAAUACCUGAAGAGGACCUGUCAGUCUGCUCUCCAUUGAUGGGGAAGGGAGAAAGGUUUUUUGCCUCUAGCUAAAGUUCUGUACAUUUACCUGGACUCACUCAACAAAGCCUUCCUUUCAGAGUGAUUUUUAAUAUACUGCGUUUGAUCUACUGUUGCCACGUGGAGAUAAGAAUGAAAGCUAAGACGUUUGAAAAAUUGGCUUCUAACCAAAGCCAUCAAAUCACUAAGUAGUUGACUGCACACAAACUAAUAGAGAGGUCUGAUUGAGGCGUAGCAUGUCUCAGCAUCUGAAAGCGAAAUGAAUUGAUGUGCUCUAAGAGCUACUUGUGGAGACCUACUUGUAAGGGGACUCGGAGGUCGCUAGUUAAUCUGAGGCAAGGUCAUUUGCACAAAGUCUGAACAUGACUACAGCUGAAAGUGUCCCAUAUUAUCUAGGUUGAAUGUUCUUUUGGCUGUAAUGUUCUUACAAAUAUAAAAUAGAUCAGAAAUAUUCUUUUCUCUUGCUACAAUACACUGGAGAUAGCGAGUGCUGUACUCAGGUUUCUCCAGUGCGUCCAUUGACAAUGCAUAGAGCAUGUGCCGUUUACCGCUCCAUGCAGCGGGGA